AUGACAAUCGCGAACUUGAAUAAAGAUUCGUCGAGCAGCAGCUGCAGCAGCAGCGACUCCGCCCCGACAACGCCGGUCUCAACGACUGCUACGUCCGCUGAUGGAGAGAAAAAAUAUACCUGUGACUUCUGUAACUACUCCAGCACCUGGCCUAGCCACCUAAAAUUGCACCGAAUGCGGCAUACCGGAGAAAAACCUUACGCUUGUCAAGAGUGUAGCUUUCAAACCGCUUGGGUCGGCGAUUUGAAACGACACCAAAGGGUACACACAGGAGAACGACCUUACGCGUGUCAGUAUUGUGACUUCUCUACAGCGCAGAAAGGUAAUUUGAACACGCAUAUGCGGCGAUAUCACAUGAAAAACCUUCCUCACAUGUCGCCGGUGAACCCAACGCUUACAGCUGGUCUGCUGACCUCCUUGGCAACCGCUCCUGUAGAGCCUCUAGAGGCUUCAUUGUUCCAUCAGAUGGCAUUUCCUCUGGCAGCCCUCGCUCAAGCUCCUCCUCCGAGGUCGCCCCCGGGAUGCGCAGGGAAACAAUCUCCUAGAUAAUAGUUAGGUAUUAGUUCGAAAGGAAUUCCGUCGACAGACCCAUCCCCGGAUGAGAAUGAAAGGACAAUCGCAUUCGGUUGCCCCUACUAGCUCCAGAUGACGAGGAAGGAGUUUUGCUGAUAUGAAUUAUAACGCACUUUUUUUGUAUUGAGCGCUCCGUAGCUCAUCUAUUGAGAACAACAGAUUCAAUAGGAUCAUGCGAAGCG